CAUCACGCAUAUAUUUAUUGAAUUUUAUUUGAUACCAAGGUUUGAUAAUCACCUAGAGCCAUGGAAAAAGAAUUAGAUAGAGUAAUCGAAGAGAUAAUGGCCACGCCGAACGUGAACGGUUGCCUAGUCGCGGAUCACCAAGGGCUCUGUUUGGCGUCGAAGGGUGCCGCGCACGUUGACUCGGCGGGCGUAGUCGUGGCGAUAUCGGAGCAGGCCUGCAAGAUACAGCCCAACCUGAAGCCGCCGACCGUCUGCCUGGAGACCGACACUAAGCAGUGUCUCAUACAGCGGCACGGGACGAUCACGGGAGCCAUUUUCAAGCAAAAGGCUUAGUACCGUCACCCACACUGUUAACUGACAGUUUGUAAACCUUAUUACGAAAGGCAUAAGGUCCACUGAUGAACAAUUAAAAGUGUUGCUGUCUGUACCAUAGACAAGACCAACUUAUGUAAAUUGGAUUAAUACUUUAUUAUAAUCAAUAAUCAUCAUCUAAUUCAACUAUAUGGAGCAGUAGGCUGUAAAGAAUAAAAGUACUAUGAUUGUGAGAUUAGCAUUGCCAUGUAUGUAUGUUGUCCAUGUCUAGAUUUAUCAGUCUAUUCAUUUUCAAUCUAUUUAUGUCAAUUUUUGGAACAGAACUCCUAGCCUGGUAAAAAUGUCCCUUUAUUUAACAUAGGGCCUAGCAACAUUAACUAAAGUUUCAUUUUGUCUGUAAAUUUUACAUUUUUCAAAUAUUUUACUUUGACCACAUAAGUCACAAAGGGCAUGACAUAAUUGUUAUACUUACUUUUAUAAAAAUUCCAAUAGAUUAUUUAUAAGGUUGAAUAUAAAAAGAAAAUUUGAAUUUAAGAAAAUGUAUAAUUUAGCUUUAUAUUUGUAAUAUAAUCUAUUAUAAGUUUAUUACUACAA